AACGUCAACGAAUUGCUUACACCUCACAGCACUCUCGAAUCCCAUAGAUCGAAUAUAUCAUCAGCAUCAUCAAACAUGUUAAAGAAACCCAUGGUGAAAUCAAGUGUCCAAGCAACAACAAUUACAUCCACUGCCGCAGCAAGUACAGCAGCAACAAGCCAGGCUACAAUAGCAAAUCAAGCAUAUAAGUGUAACACUUCGGUGACAAAUGCAACUCCUUCGCCACCACCACCCCCCCUAAUGAGAGCACAUCAUCAUCGUUCGAUAACAGCAUUGCCAGCCAUUGAUUUGUAUGAUAAUUAUGGGGCCUCGACACAUGUUCCUUCUAGCAAUUUCAAUAGCAUGUCAUGCAGACGUCAUGCCAAACAGCAGCAGCAACAACAAUUGCAACAGACAUUACAACAUCAACAUCAUUCACAUCAGCCACCUCAAUCUCAUUCCCAGCAGCAUGCUCAUCAACACCAGCAACAACAACAACAACAGCAGCAAUAUACUUGUUGUAGUUCCUACAAUAUAGACCAUCAUAAAAUGCAAAUGCCUUCUACAUGCCUCUGUGGUAAACUCUACCAUCAACAGGUGCGACCUCAAGAGACUCUAGCGCCACCACCACCAGCCGCUCUACAUUCGGCCAAUCGUGGUUGCAAUCAUGGUUUUUAUUAUGCUCCCGAUUCUUGCGUGCAUCAGUUUGAAGAACAGGAUUCUGGUUUUCCCGGUUUAAGGGAUCAAGAAUUCUAUUUGUUGCAUCGUAAUAUUCCUGCUUUAAGACGUACGGGAGUUGAUACUAUUGGCAUUAGGCAACAUUUUUAUCCUGAUGGCGGCUGGGGUUGGAUUAUAUGUGGCAUGUCUUUUUUGGUGCAUAUUUUAACGACUGGUCUGCAAUUGUCUUAUGGUUUGACAUUGUUCUAUGCUGUUCAACAUAUACAGAAUGCUAAUGGAAAUGAAUGGCUGGGAGCACUAAGUUGGUCAAUAUCAAUGUUAAUUUCUCCCUUCGUGGAGACUAUAUGUCGGAGAAAAUCUACUAGACUAAUGGCUGUGGUAGGCGGUUUAAUACUCUCUUUAGGAAUACUAUUCACUUCAUUUGCCACUGAAGUGGAUCAGGUUAUUUUCAGUUAUGGUUUUGUUUUCGGCAUAGGCGUGGCAAUGGUGCGUGAGACAUCGACCAUAAUGUUGGGUAAUUACUUUAAGAAAAGAAGACUUUUUGUGGAAAUGGUGGCCAUGUCGGGUGAGGGUGUGGGUAUAGCUUUAUUUUCGGUGCUAUUAAAAGAAGGAGUGGGAAAAAUGGGUUGGCGUUGUGGUUUACAAAUUGUAGCGGCCUUAACUUCGAUAAGCUUUUUCGUGGGUCUUUUAUAUAGACCCGCUUCUUUAUAUCAUCCUCAAAGAAGAGCCAUACAGCAUUUAAAGAAUCAAAGGAAAAAGAUGCGAGAUCAUAAAAACAAUAAUCCUCCCGUAGAGCCUAAUAUUUUAAAGAAAUUAUUACAAGACAUAUCAAAUUUAAAAUCGGGCACAGUGAAUUUAUUAUUGACCUCUGCUGUGGCGGCUUUGGGUAUAUAUACACCAAUGUUUACCAUGUCUUUAAAUGCUGCCAAAGAAGGUUCCGAUGUUCAAGAAUUGGUGCUAUUACAAACUAUGCUGGGAAUGUCUACAACCUUGGGAGUAGUUUUGGCGGGUGUCUUAAUAAGAAGGCCGUUUGUUAUACAUAAUUUUGUAUUGUCUACACCAAUAAUAUCGCAGUUUUUCCUGGCUACUGUGGCACUUUCCAUACUCUUCAUGUCCUUUAUUAUGGGCUACAAAGGUCUGUGCAUAUUAUCGGGCAUUUAUGGUGUUGGUUUUGGUGGCUUUCGUUUUUCUUUGAAAAUGUUGGCCCUGGAACGGGUCAGUGAAUUUUCUAAGACUUGGUCUUUUGUCAGAGGAAUUGAAGCCAUACCAGUGCUGAUAAGUGUACCUUUAACCAUAUUUCUCAAUGACUAUUUUAAAUAUGGACGAGCGGGUUACUAUAUAUGCUCAGCUGCUGCUGCCAUAGCCGCCAUUAUAAUAUUUUUCAUAGGUUACUCCACAUACCCUCAUAAUCCUUCACAACGUUCGAAUAUGAAUGGUGCUGCAGUGCCGACAACACCGCGCAUGCGUUCCAUGUCUACGCAAUAUAUACGACAUAAAUAUCAACCGGCCUUUACGGUAGACUAUACGAAAACCAAUGGCUGUGAUUAUCCAGCCCCUGAUCUAAUAAAUCGUAGUUGUAUUAGUUUAAAUCAAUUGGGUGCAAGUUCUUCGUGUAUGUGUGAACCUUUAAGGCCUAUGUGUAAUUGUCAUCAGCAUCAGCAUACUCCAGCUCAGCAGAGAAGACAUUUUAUGACCGAUUUGAGUCGUACUGGAGGUGUGGGUGCUUUACAUGCUGCCGAAGUGGGUCAUGAUCAUCGUUAUCCUUAUAUAUAUGAUAAUGGUACGGGCAACUAUUUGAGACGUAGUCUUUCCUUUAUACAAAAUGCCAACUGUUGUGGUUCCAAUCAAUUCCAGUUACAGUGCCAAGCUAAUGUUCAGUGGUCUAAUAGAGAUUUAAGAAUGGAAAACACCCAACCCUUACUUUGCACCUGCAGCCCAUCCAGCUAUUUCCAGAACUGCAAAAGUCAAAGUGUACCCGAGGGCCUGUCGACUAUGUCGCAACAGUGCAAAUGUAAACCACAGCCCUCGCGUGAAUACAUCUAUGUGCCGCGCCAACUAGCACAACAGCCUCUCGCUCAACACUGUUCCUCAAAUCUCGAUAAAUCUCUGGCCACUGCCACUACUACCACUACAAUAUCAGCCUCCAAUCAAUCGAGAAAUGUUUUUAAAGAUACUGGACCAGCAGUAGCGGCGCAUUCUACUGCUACAAUACCUAAAUGUAAACUCAAACGUUCACAAUCCCUAUCGAGACCUAUAACCUAUGUUGAACAAAUGACCACAUCCGUGUAGUUUAGUUUUGUGGUAAAAUUAUCCUCUAUGAUGCGUUUAACUCUAACUAUCACUACCAAACUACUACAAGUAGCUCCUAACAUUUAGAAGAAAAAUCAAACACUUUUACAUUUUCUAGUCCUUUAUUUUUUACUUGGAAUUUUUCUUAGAAUAAUAUAGGAGAAAAAAAAUCUCAAUUUAAUAAAUUGAAGAAAACUUUUUAAAAACUUUAAAUUCCUUAAAAAUAAUUAGAAAGCACCUUUCUAAGACACAAACCAACUUAACAACCAUCACCCACCCUCUCUAAAUCUUUUCACUAUAUUUUGGUAUAAAGAAAAACUACAGCAAAUAAAUUUACACUAAAAACUUUUUAAACCUUAAAUCUUAAAACUCAAAAUUUUAAAAACUACUACACUUAGAAAAAUCUCCCACAUAAAUUAAAGCAAUCAAAUUUUUUCCAAAAAAAACAAAAUUUCAUCAAACAC